AUGAACCCUCAGUCCAAUGACCUGCCGGUUUCUGGACAAUUCUCUUUCAAGAGAAAGUAUGAGGAUGAUGAUAAGCCUGGAGGGAACGGCUCGAAUACUCUGGAUUCAGAAGAUAAUCAUUCACAAGAGAAAGUAUUAACUUCCAGUCCCGAUCCUGUGAUAGACCAUACAAAAAAGCCAUCUCCCACAAAUCAAAGAUUGAUGUCUGACCUUAAAACUGUAAAGAUAGAUAGAUCUCAAUAUAGACAUUAUGGUCAUCAAUCUCUGAUGACUUCACAAUCUUUAGAACAGAUUAUUAGUGAAGGUAAGAGAAAAGAAGAAGAAGAAGCUGAAGCGAAAAAGAAGUUGAUUAAAGAUGAAGAUAAGAAGUCAGAAGAAAAAGAAAAGGUGAAGGAUACAGAGACGAAAGGUGAUAAAGAAAUAUUCCCAGAACUUAAACUUGAAAAAGAGAAGUCCAAAGAUAUUGAGCCAAUAUCUACCAUUGUUUCCGAUACACCAGCAACAGCAUCUACUGCAGUCUCUGCAGUCCCAUCUUCCAACUCCUCUGGAGUUCAACUUCUGAUCGCUGAUUUGUUGAAUAUAAAUUCUAAUCAGCCAUUGCCAUACAGCAUUGAUACCAUUCAUGAGAUCAUUAAGUUAAAAACUGAACAAGAAAUCACCAAGCAAAUAGAGAUUAAGAAUGAGUUAGCUCACUCAACUUUGGAAUUAUUAAAGUAUGCGCAAAACUUGAAAAUAUCCCCAGAGCUUAUACCCAUAUUGUUUGUUGGAAAUAACGCAGUCAAUGAAGUGAAAGCAAACCUUCAAAGACUACAGGUUGAUCCUCAGGCUAUGAUGAAGCAAAUAGAAGAUCAGGCUCGUAAAAGUGCUGGAUCAUCAGGCAUAUCUUCAAGGAGAGAAAAGAGGCAUGAGAAGACAUCAUCUCUUCCCUCGAUCUCCGACAUGGGAAAGCCCUCCACAUACAAGAUCGGCCAACCUGGGGCCACUACGCGAGUCCCCUCGACUACUCAUUCCAGCUUAGUUUCUCCUUUGAGGUCUCCCAAUAGACUGCCAGAUUUGACCCACAAAAAGUACAAGUCAGAUGCAAGUGAAACUUCACCUUAUUUGAGCAACACUAAGCCUGUCUUACUUCCUCUUCCAGGGUCCAAUUAUCAGAAUUCACUGCAUCCACAACAGCAAUUGCAACUGCACCCUCAGCUUCUGCCUAUGCAAUAUCCACUAUACUAUAACAGCCCACCUGGUCCAGGUGUAGAUUCAAAAUAUCUUGGAUCGCCAUACUCGCAAAAGCAAUCUCAAAGUGCAACUAAACUGCAACAGUCUCUGCCACCACAGAGAAAUUUAUACCCACAGCAGCAACAGGCACUGCAACAGCACCUUCAACAUGCCCAUCAACAGCCGCAAUAUUAUUAUUCUCAGAAACAACCACCCCAAUAUCAAUACUAUAUGGCAACUACUCCUCCACAGGGACCUCAGUAUAUAAUGCGUCAAGUUCCUAUGGGCGGACAGUAUCCACCGGCAAUGGCUGCGCAGGUAGCACCAGAUGCGGUUGGCCCUGGUGGUGCUGUUACUUCGGGAUCUGUUACUCACUCCGGUCCAAGCGCCGCACCAAAUACUGAAUCUGAAAAGAACAAGGUUCCAGGCGGUGGAAGUAUUCUCCGUUUCGACAAGGCAGAGCCAGAAGAUCAACCCCCAACCAAAAAGGCCAAGCUGAUUCCAAAAACUUCCGGUAUAAACUUUAUGAUAUCCACACCUGAAAAUCCUCCAGCAAAAAAGUACAACAACUCGCGCUCAUAG